CAGGAGCAAGGCGGAGCGAGUUGCUCCGCCAUCUUUUUUGUUCGCUUGGCGGAGGGGGCGUUUCUAACAAAAAUGGUGAAGAUUUUCGUGGGCAACCUGCCUCGGCCGACGACCGCCGAGGAGAUACGAGCCUUGUUUGAGAAAUACGGCUCAGUGAGCGAGUGCGACCUGAUCAAGAACUAUGGCUUUGUGCAUAUGAAGGAUCGGGAAGCAGCAAAGGAGGCGAUUGAGAACCUGCAUCACUACAAGCUACAUGGGGUCUCCAUCAAUGUGGAGGCCAGCAAGAGUGUGUCCAAGUCCUCUACCAAACUGCAUGUGGGUAAUGUGAGCUCUACCUGCACCAGCCAGGAGCUGCAGGCCAAGUUUGAGGAAUAUGGAAAUGUCCUAGAGUGUGACAUCGUUAAGGACUACGCCUUUGUGCACAUGGAGAGGAGCGAAGAUGCCAUGGAGGCCAUCAGGGGGCUGGAUGGCACAGAGUUCAAAGGCAAACGGAUGCAAGUUGAGCUCUCCAGGAGUCGGCUGCGGAUGCAACCCGGGAUGGGCGAAAAAAACGGCUGUUUCCGCUGUGGUAAAGAAGGCCACUGGUCUAAAGAGUGUCCCAAAGAUCGCGGCGGUCUCGAUGGCAAUUUUGAUGGCAGCUACUCACGCGAUUACAUAGAUCCCUAUUCGAUGACCGCGCGGCCUAUAACCGGUUUCGGAGAGCGCCCUCUUUACAAUGAGCGAUACGGGGUCGUCGAUUACUACGAGAAAUAUCGGGCAGGAGCGUACGGAGCCGUGGGAGAUCCUUACGGACGGGCAGCUCCAUUUUCGCCUCUUGGCACUUCCCUGCGAGAUCGUAUCCCCGCUGCAGUAAACCCAUAUGAGCGGCGGCCACUGACGACUCCCACUACGUAUUAUGGUCGCGACAGGAGCCCUUUACGACGUCCACCACCCAUGCCUGCCUUGAGCACUGGAUAUGGGUUUGAGCGCACAACAGUUUCUACAACUGUCUAUGACCCUACAAAUACGGCAGCAAGAGAUCCGUACCUUACAGCCCAGUACUCUGCGGCACAGUACUCUGCGGCGCAGUACUCUGCCGCACAGUAUUCUGCCGCGCAAUAUUCUGCCGCGCAGUAUUCUGCCAGCCAGUACUCUGCUGCCCAGUACUCAGCCGCCCAGUACUCUGCUGCUGCUGCAGCUGCCGCCCAGUACCCUGCCACCCAGUACUCUGCAUACUAACUGAAAGGUUUGCUUUGCAUCGUGACGAGAGCCGCGGGUCGCUUGGUACGUGCAGAAACUCGGGUCAUAUGUUUUGCUUAUUGAUUUUAGCGUGGAAGAUACUAGUGAGACACUAAAUCUAAAUAUCGGUGUUAAUUAGCUACUGAUUCAACUAUCUUCUCAACAAACUGUGACCAAGUAUCUUUUUUUUAAGUUUUAAUUUCUCUUUCUGGGUUUCUCCUUUUGUUUGGCGGGAUUGGCUCAUGUAAUUGUCAGUCGUUUAAACCUGAAGCGUUUGGAUUACCUGUAAUAUGAUUUACAAUAAACUAUGAGUACUCAG